CGGAAUGUUCCAGCAGUUGAUGUUCACAUAACCCGGGUGAUGGCCGCCACCAGUUCGAUAAUACAGUUCCCUCUGCCUGCCCUCUAUCCCGACCAGUUUACCAAAAAUAACAUUCCUCACUACCCGCCUACAGACACCUUCCAGACCAGCCAGGUACCGUUCCAAUUUAAAGAGCCCCCUCCUCCCGGAGGAAUGGGACACCACCCUUACCAGUACCAGUUUGGGGGCAUGCCGGGGUACCCGGUUGAGCAGCAAGCAAUGUCACAUUGGAACUUUGGGGCUGCAAUCCAGGGCAUAGUACCAGAACCAGAAAGGUUUGGUGAUCUGUGCGAGAAGGGACUGGUCCCCAUAAUAACAACAGCAACCCACGAGGUGACAACUAACCAACCAACCCCUGCAGAUAACCUGCCUCUUAUAAACCCUGCUAAUAUUAAGAGUGAACCGCUGAAGAUCCUGCCACCACUAAGCUGUGAGACAACCUACGUCACGACCUCCCAGCCUCUGAUGUGUCACAGCACUGUUGGGCCCUGUACCAACACCCUGCCUACAUCACUGGACUACAACUAUACUCCCUGCUCUUCUGAUCAGAUGGACGGCUACAACCAGGGAAAUAUUGGAUGGUCUGCUGAGUUGGAUCCCUUCUACUCGUCUGACAUUCGUUCAACACUAUCAGGUCACCAAUCGAACAGUAAUAGUGCCGCUCUCCCGAGCCCAUGGGACUUCUACAGACCCUCCAAUACAUGAUGAUCUUCCGUUUCAGGCUCACAACCUCUAACAACUCAGAAUAUCUUGUCACUCAGAUAUCGGCGUAAUGUAUCAGCUUCUCUGCGGUGAUGACUGUAAUAAUGAAAUUUGGAAAUCAAUCAAGAGUGCUAAUUCAGAAGGAUUGCUAAUUCAGAAAGUGAAGGUUAGCGAUCACGUACUGUGUUUUCGUGAUCUGGGUAAAGGUUUAUUAAUUAAUUAAUUAUUAUUAAUUAAUUAAUUAAUGAAUUAAUUAAUUAUUAUUGAUUAAUUAUUAUUAAUAGAUUCCUUCUUCGAUUAAAUGUUAUCCGUUGAAUGUGUAGCGGAAUGGAACAAUCCAAUGUGAAGGAUUAACAGAAUUCAAUUCAUGUUGAUGUAGCUA